CGAGCCCACGGCGGGGAGGGAAGGGGGCAGGCGGCCGGAAGCGGGGCGCUGGCGGUUGCGCUGAGGGGGCUCGGCGGGCAGGUAUUUUCGUCUGGCUAAAAUGGGUGAACCUCAGCAAGUGAGUGCCCUCCCUCCACCUCCAAUGCAAUACAUAAAAGAAUAUACUGAUGAAAAUAUCCGUAAAGGACUGGCUCCAAAGCCACCUCCACCAGUGAAAGACAGUUAUAUGAUGUUUGGUAAUCAAUUUCAAUGUGAUGAUCUGAUUAUUCGACCCUUGGAGAGCCAGGGUAUUGAAAGGUUACAUCCUAUGCAGUUUGAUCACAAGAAAGAAUUAAGAAAGCUUAAUAUGUCUAUCCUGGUCAACUUUUUGGACCUCUUGGAUAUCUUGAUAAGGAGUCCAGGGAGUAUAAAGCGAGAGGAGAAACUGGAAGACUUGAAACUACUUUUUGUCCAUGUCCAUCAUCUUAUAAAUGAGUAUCGCCCUCACCAAGCUAGGGAGACACUGAGAGUCAUGAUGGAGGUGCAGAAACGUCAGCGUUUGGAAACAGCAGAGCGAUUUCAGAAGCACUUGGAGCGAGUUGUAGAGAUGAUUCAGAACUGCCUGGCUUCCUUGCCUGAUGAUCUGCCUCAUUCAGAGGGAGGACUGCGAGUGAAAGCAGAAACAAUGGAUACUGAGGAUGGCAGCAACUGUAUUGGACAGAGUGAGAAGCAGAGAGAGCGUUCUGGUAGCAAGAGAGAUCAGGUUUUAGACAAAGAUGCAGCUAUGUGUAGCAUUAUUGAUGAAAUGACAUGAAGAAAACGGGUUUUUUUGUUAGCUCACCACAGUGAAAGGCAGAAUGGAUUCUGAGGGUAUAUGUUGUAUUUUGUUUUGUUGUUGUAAAGUAGGCAAAGCAUUUAUUGUACACCUGUUGGACAUUAUGAGUGACUAGGCAGAUGGAAAUGUUUAAUAUUUUGCGAGCUGUGUGUUUAUUGGUAGAAGCAAAAAAGUACACUUUUUGUUAAUUGCAUCCUGUGAGGUGGUAGCCACAGAUUAAAGUUAGCUUUUUCUGUUGUACUUUCAUUUGUCACUUUGUGCUUUUUGGCAUAUGCUGCUUUUUUUUUUUUUUUUUAUUAAAAUUGCUUUAUAGUGUGGAAGCAAGUAAGGGAUCUGACUCAGGAAUUGCAGUUGACAGUUCCUCUAUUUCAGAUAAGUGCUAGCUGUUUACAAUUUCAGUGGGUCCUUUCAGGAAUGUGUAAUUCAAUAUUAAAAAUAAAAUUAGUGUGAAAUCUGCAAAAUCCAUUCCUUUCUGGUUCUGUAAUAAUAUAAUUACUAAAGAGAAUCUAAGAAUUCCUUCAUUACAGUUGUAAUGUGGUGUAGUUUGCCUUAGAGACGCACUGUCAGGAAUCUCCACAACUGAAUGAAUUAAAAUUAAUUGGAUUUUAAUUUUCUUAGAUGUAAAUCAUAACCAGUCUUGACCUUACAAAAAUGCCAACUUUUUUUUUUUUUUUUUACAGAUAGAUGAUGAGACUAAUACAUAUUUCCUGCAUAGUUAAUAUACAUGCAUGAAGUGAAUCAUUUUGCAGCGCAGAUGCUUUGUAUUUGCAUUUUAGGUGGGCUCUGUGCCCAGCUGAGCAUUUUUCUCAGGAAGGAGAGUCUGACUGGAUAAUUAGCCUUUAUACUAAUCGAGAACUUUAUAAGUUUGAAAGCACCUGCAAGUAUUCCAUCAAGUGGAAGCGAUAUCAAUCAUGUUUAAAGAACAUUUCAGUUGGACCACCCCACAUACCAAGAGGAAAAGAGUGAUUUGAUAGUGAAGUGGCUUUUUUUACCCUGCCCCUCCUGUCAGGGAAAUUCUACUUCCUUCCUUUUGUCAUAUAACACCAGUAUGUAUGUUUUUCAAAGUGUGUAUAGCAACUAAAAACCAGGUGAACUUCAUGGGUGAAGGAACUUGUACAAACACUGUUUUUAAACUCUGAUUUAAUGGGCUGUGUCUCUUUCAUUUGGCAAUUCUGUUAUUUUCAGAAAUGUUACUUAAAUGGGCAGGCAAAAAUACUUAGCUGCUGGGUGGUGAGGUUUGAGCUCAGUACAGAUAAAGCAAAGCAAGUUUAUGACUCACUGGAGGACAUCAUCUGCUAUUUUAAGAGCAUGUGACAUCGUAAGUAACAAUAAAGAAGUAGAAACUUUUUUUUUAAUGUAGAAAUAAUUUUACAAAGUUAAUGCUUUUGUCCUUUAUUCAACUACCACUGUUUCCUUCCUUCUCCCUGGACAAGAUAUAAAUUAGCUUGUAGGUAACUAGAACAGUUGCAAGUGAGCAAAAUCAAUUUGGUAUCUAUUUUGCAAAUGUUUCAUGUGGAAGAUGUAAAGGAACAUUUAGUGCCUGAUGGAUAAGAGAGGUUGUGCACUGUGGAACUACAGCUUGUCGUGGGUGUUUUAACUUUGCCAUUCCAAAGAAAAGUUAUAGAUGCUCAAUGGUUUUCUGUUGAUUUUUGUCUAAUUUUUAUGCUCUUAAUACACAGGCCUGGGUACCAUAGUUUCAAAACACUGCACAAGCUGGGUCCUACCAGCAACUAACAACCGCAAUGAACUUUUUUGUGAAACCAUUGAGGUAGAUGGGGAUCAUGUGAUUUAAAAAAUAUUAAAGCUGCUUUCACUUUCCA